AUGUCCUCGUCAAUGACAUCCAAAACGUAUGGACCGUUGCCACCACCUAGCUGCACGGAGGCAUCACCAACUUCUAAUACUGGUCAAACAUUAAAAGAAUCAACCAAACAAGAAACAACUGCGGUUGCAACUUACGGUCCAAUAUUACCGUCUUCACAUGCAAGCAACAGUGCAGCCUCUACAUCAAAUCAAAAUGAUUCACCUGAAAGUGAACAGACAGCAAAUGAGGCUCAGCAAUACGGACCUGCACUACCUCCAGGUUUUGCUCUAAGUAUUCAGGAUCAAAAUACUGAUAACAAUAGUCCAUCAAAAGAAUCAAAAUAUAUUGGACCGAUCAUGCCAUAUCAAAGUAAUGUUAACCAGGAAGACGAAAUCACUCUCCAUCAAGUUAGCAAUGACGAUACUGUUGAUGACGACUUUGUUGGCCCAUUACCGGAGAAGAUAAAUGAGAAACGGAAAGAUAUCACUGAUAUUGCCAUGAAAAGAGAACGUCAGUUUCUAGCAGCGAGACAACAAUCUAACUUGGAAGAGGCAAAGAGCGGGCGUGAAUCGUGGAUGACGGACUUGCCUGCCAGUAUAGGAAAUCAGUUUGGAUUAGGACCGCGACAAUUCCGUAGGAACGAGUCAGUAGGCAAAUAUGACCCUACUUCUUGGACAGAAACUCCAAGUGAUAAAGCUAAAAAGAUGAAUAAGAAACAUCACCGUAAAGAGUCGCUUAUAGAUCUUCACGUUAAAAGAAAACGGGACGAAGAACCAGAGGAUACGAAAAAGGAAAGGAGACCCUUCGAUAGAGAAAAAGACUUAAAUCAUAGUGCCUUAAAUGCGACACAGCGUCGCUCAGUUAUUAAUAAAGCUAAAAAGCUUGAUAGUCGUUUUUCUCGAAGCGCUACUAAUGCCUUUUUGUGA